AUGCCUGCAGCACAAAUUGUACUGGUUCAAUACAAGUGGAAAGUGCAGAAAGUGUAUAUUCUGCACAGGAAACACUCACCACAGCGAUCUAGGAGACACAGACAACAAUCUGCCACUUUGCCCAACGGACGACUUCGCCGCAGGCCCUCGCUUACGUUGUGUGUGAAAUUUGCUGGCUGGUCAAACAAAUGCCGGUCUUCUCUUUCCCGAACAAAGCUGUGUGACGUGAACGGAGAUGGGUCAGUCACGAAGUCCGAGCUGAAAGAUGCGCUUUGGUCACUGGGGCAGAAUCCGACCGAGGAAGAGACCGACCACAUAUUUCGCGAGUACGAUGCAGACAAGACAGGCACACUGGAUUUCAACGAGUUCAGGCUACUUAUGACGGCAAGGCUCACGUACAAGAACACACGGGCGGAGUUUGAGGAUGCUUUCCGAGCAAUCGAUCACAACAAGGAUGGAAAGGUCGACAUAACAGAGCUCAAUAGGCUCAUGGUUGCGACAGGGUUUGGACUGACCAACCAAGAGUUGAAAGAAAUUUUCGGCUUCUUCGACAGUGACGGCAGCGGGAAGGUAGACAUGGCAGAAUUUUUGGACUAUAUGAUGGACGCGUAA